AUGUUCUCAUCUUCGGCGGCAGGGCCAUUUUGCCAAGGUCCACUUGGCUCCAGUACGGCACAAACCCCCUUUCAACGCCUCAAGCCAGUGUGCGUCGAGCUGCUCUGGCUCGCAGGUCGUUCCGCCGCGCCCGCACAGACAAAAGAGGUAGUCACCAGCCUUCGUCGCCUCAAGUCGACGCUUCAGGCCGUCAUAUCCGAGCAAGUCUCUAUCGCAAACGACAAUAUCGCCAGCUCGUCCAGCUCGGCCUCAAGACUUGUGUCACGCACUCGGACCACUUUGCCGACGUCCCUGGUCAAUUACGUUUUCUACCCGAUCUCGGAACUGAUCACCGCCGCACCUAAGGGCAUCAGCAGCCUUGCAGACUCAGUGAUCGAAGGCAUCCUUGAUGUAUUGGCGCUGCUGGUGGAUCAGUGGUGGACAGCAUGGUCUUCGCAACCAGACGCUUCAUCACCGCCAGCGUCAUCCAAGUGGCAAGUUUGGUGCGAUCUCGUGAUCCUCGCGAGCUCAGCCGUCGGAAGCGCUCCAAAUGCGGCGGAACCACGUCAAAGUGCUAGCGAUGAGGUGAAGCUCGCUGCGCUGCGGGUUCUGAAAGAGCUUUUGACGGUGCGCUUCGAGGCUGGUCCGACUUCGGGCUCCCGCGGUGAUGUUGCGGCUGCAAAGGCGGCGGACGAGUGGGAAUGGGAUGGUGUUUCCGACCUUCCCUUGCUGGACGAUGCUGAAGAGCCGAGCAAGUCAACAGCUAAACGAAGCACGAACAACAAACCCUCAUCGAACGGGGCAUCUACAAGGAUGGAUCACAAAGUCCUAUUCCCGACGCCCGAACAUUUCAAGCACGUUGCAGCGGACAAAGUCGCCAAAGGUGCAAUCAGCUUCGUCCUGUCCACUACCUUCGCCAUCGCCGAGUCUUCUUUGGAGUCGACCGAGGUGCGGACUACAGCAAUCGCCGUAGCUCGCUCCACUCUUCUCGUGUGGAUCGGCGGUGUGUGUCCCCUCCCUUCCGACACGAAUUCUGCCGCGACGCAAACGCCAGUGGUGCCGCUAUACUGUAUCGGCCAAUGUCAGAGUAGCGACGAGCUUGCACUUCGCAAGGCAGGUGCGCUCCGCCUCCGCCCACUCCUACCUGGAAUCACUUCAUCCCUCACACGCGUCGCCACCAGCCGCGUGAGAGCCAAGCAAGACGGUACAAAGCCCAAGGCGACACCCGCGCCUGUCGCUGCAGCAGCGAUCGAGAUGCUCGGCGAUCUGCUCAGGGCCACAGUCUCUGAUAUCUGCCUCGACGACAUCAUGGAAGAGCAUGUGGGUGGGGCCGGACAGGAUGGCGCAUCUGCGUCCGACACCUCGCCGUCCGCCAAUCUCACCGACCUUUCGCAAUUCGUCGAUACAAGCAGCUGCGAUGAGAACGGGCUUGACAUAGCUGCAGAAAUGGCCAAAGAAGAGCCAGAAAUGCACGCAGAUGCACCUGCAGAGACGAGCAACCAGGGAAAGCUCAAGCAAGAGGCCAAGUGGGCGCUGUCGACGCUUGCUCAAAUCCACCUUGCGCUGCGAACAUUCUCGCCGCUCACGCAGCCGUCGCUUCCGGGAACAUCGCUGCCCUCUACCGUUCCCACGGUGGUCCAGAGGGCGGUGCUGGGGCUUGCGGUCGCGCUACUGUCCGUUUGCGGAACAUCGUUUGCCUGGCUCGAUGACCAUCUUCAAGGCAUGGCGCGACUGGACGGAACCAGUGCGCAGGCUGACGAUGCAAGGGUCGGGGAGGGCACUAGCACGUCGAGCAUCAGCACUCUGCUGACCUGGAUCGUCGAUCUCGCUUCGGAGUCCAACACGACCUCGGUCGUCGAGAGCGCUAAACUCGCUUUCCAUUUGCAGCAGGGAGCAACGACAUUACCGGCAUUGAAGGACGGCACCGCAUUUUGGUCGUUGCUGAUGCAGGCGCUCGACGCACUGCCUGCGGCUGUCACGGCGCAGAGCGACGACUCUGUCUCGCGCCUGGCAUUACGGGUGAAAACGCUACUCCAGCUCACCUUUGCGCGUGCGGAAGAACAUGGAAACGUUGCUCCUGCGCGGGUACGAGAAGCUGCGCUGGCGCAACUGGCACAGGAGCUGCCCUCGAGGAUCCUGCGCCUAGUCGCGCUCCUCAAGACCGAACGGCUGGAAUUCGUCGACGAGCACAGCGAUGUUCCGGGCGCGCACGCCGGGUGGCGACUGCAACCUGCAUUCGCCGGGCUUGAAGCGAGCACUUCCCGCCAUUUGAGCCGCAUGUUUUUCCAGCUUGGACGAACGCUCGCUCUCGCCUUCGUGCAGGAGCUCGGAGCGCGCCAGAAAGACGCCAAGUCCGACCGAGGCGAUGUGUUUGCUGUCGUGCCGCUUCUUGUCGAGCGGGCUGCCAAGCUGCGCUCUAUCCGACUACCGGGGAUCAUCAGCACCGGCGGUGCAGAUCGCACGGAUGGCGACAGUGCGCGAAACGAGAGCCUCUCGUCACUGGCGGUCGCCGCCGAACUGAUGGGUGGAAUCAGCGGCUGGAUCGAUAACAUCGAGCUUGGCCUCCGCUUCGCAGGCAUGGCUAACGCAGCGCAAGCAAGCAAGACUGCACGCAAGGUGGCGCAUCGCCUCGGGAAGAAGGUCUUUGGCUUGAUCGUGGAUAUGCUCGACGGCGACGCCGAAGAGGCGAUAGCUGGCCGGCAAAAAAGCGAUAAUGUGCUCUCGCGUGCCAACCAGGCUCAAGGAGGUGCUGACGCAUUUCACCGCGAGCACGACGUGGUGAAAGGCGCAGAUGUGUCCCCUCAGGCCGUGUCAGCCUCGCUUGUUGAGCGAGUCAAGGGCAUCUCGCUGGUGUCGGAAGACAUCGAAAGCGCCACACCCUUGCGACAUGGCCCCGCGCUCGACCUGGGCUUCGUGCGUGCAGCCAACCUUUCCAAAGUGUCCAGCGGAAUUGUCAGCCGCGCUCAGCAGGAGCAGGCGAUGCAGCAUCGAUACGUCCAGGCUGAGCGCAGCGUCGAUCUUUCGAACGCGCUCGCCUUUGCGCUGGUCGGCUCGAGCUCCAAGCUGCUCGGCCAAAAUUUCCGCUCGCUGCUCCUGCGUGGGGCCUAUCCGCUCAUCAGCGGCAUGUCGGCUUCGUCCACGGCGAGCUCGGACCUCGUGCGACGUGCGUCGGCAGCAGCCAUGAAGGAGAUUGCGUUCAACACGGCGUACGGCGACGUCAAGAACUGCUUGUUCGACCACGCCGACUACAUUCUCGGCUCCGCGUGCCAACGCCUCAUCAGUGGGCUUGACGAGGAGCUGCGUGCUAUCGCGAGCGGCGACGGUCGGUCGCAGAGCGGAGGUGCGGCUGUUGCGCGUGGCGAUGUUGUGAUCGAUGCUGGUCAAGGCGAUCGGAUCGUGCUUCCACUGGUAUCGGCACAGAGGGCGCCGUUCGUGCUCGUCGAGAUGAUCCGCGUGCUGGGCUCCGAGAUCGUGCCGAUGGUCGAGGAUGCGAUCGAUGAGGUGCUUGACGCGCUCGACCGCUUCCAUGCGCACCCGUCCAUCUGUGGCGGACUGUUGGCGGUGCUCGACUCGAUUCUCGAGACCAUGGCAGCGGAACAAACGGCAAAGCAAUCGUCUUCCACCAAGGCCAAGGCGUCGCUGCUUUCUGCGUCUGAGGAUAGUCAGCAAACCGAGGUUGAAGACUUUGAGGCCUGGCUGGCUGCGCGUCGACGCGAGCAAGCUGCAUUUGACGAGGCAGAUGACAAUACGGAGGGCAAACAGGCCGCAGAUGAAAAGGAGGACAAGCCGAGCAAGAGUCAGCAAGUGGCGGCGCAGAUUCUGGAAAAGGCGGCAGUGUUCCUAACGCAUCCGUCGCCCGUGUUGCGAAGCCACGUGCUUGGACUGUUGCGCCAUGGUGUCGAGACGCUCGCUCCCCAGGGCCGUACAGGCGAGCUGCUUCCGAUUGUCAACAGUGCAUGGCCGCACGUAAUGACCCGUCUCGGCGCAUCCUACUCGAGCGGAAGCACAUCACGCUCCUCCCAACUGACCCCGAUCAUCGACCUGGACCGCACCGCCAUUGGUGCAGCCGGUCGAGCACAGAGUGAUGCAUCCUACGCCCAGAUCGAGGCAGCAUUGGUCGAGAAGGAUCCGCAAGUGUGGGUUGCUGCGGCGAGGUUUGUCGAGGCGGCGGUGCAGCAUGUGCCGGACUUCGUUGGCAAGCGUGUAGUCGAAGAGGCAUGGCCUCGAUUCGAACAGCUGCUCACGCUGUUGCGAUGGAAGUUCCAUCCUCGUUCGGGACGAGCGCAUGCGUCAGAGACACGCGAACGGCAUGCGGUGGGACUGAUCCAUGAUAUCGACGCUGCACCUCGCCAGCAAAAGCGCUCGUCGAGAGUUCACGAUCACAUCCAGCCGCCGUUCAUCUUGCCUUCGCCCACCUGCGUCCCGGCUCAGUUGACGCUCGCCAUCGUCGCGACGCUGACGAGUGUCGUCAGAGGUAUCGGUGCCAGGCUACCGGACGAUGCAGCUUGGAACAUCACCACCCAACCGUUCCUGCUGGAUCUGCUUGAUGCUCGUCAGCCACCAGCAUUGCUCUCCGCGGCUGAGAGAUUGUAUGUCGAGCUCGGCCGCAGGAACGCUCCUGCGACUGUGUGGGCACUGCAGACCGCAUUCCCAAACCCGGCCGCCAAAGCUCUGCGUGAAGGCGCGCCUGUACCAUGCUUCCUCGCCCACGCGCGUGCCGCCGUCCAUGAGGAAACACUUCACCAAAUCGUGUCUCUCUUCACGGCCGCCUAG